AUGACAGAACAACAGCAACAACAGCAACAACAACAACAACAACAAGCUAACGAAGAAGAAAAGGCCCUUCGCCAUUCCCUAGCAACAUUGGACGUCCAAAAGAAAUCAAUGGAACUAGAAGCCGAUGCCAUUGUUUCCGAACUCACGACACCCCCAUCCGAAGGUGUGGAACCCAUGGGGAUUGACACGCCCUUGGUCGAUCACGAGGGAUAUCCGCGAGGAGACGUGGAUGUCUAUCGAGCUCGUACACUCCGACAACGAUUCCACGUGCUCAAGACCGAUCACAAGGCAAUUUCGCAAAAGAUUGAUGCCAUGCUGCGUCAUUUGGCCAUCUUGAAGAACCCGCAACUCAAAAAACAGCAGCAGGACGAAAUGGCGGCACGGACCACGAAAAAACCAAAGCCAAAGCUUGAUCCCAUCACUGGCAAAUGGGUGGUCAUGAAUUGGGAUGGCACCGUGGCGGGAGUUCCAGGAGGAGAGAAACGAAACUUUCAAAAUUUGUCCAAACAAGUUUCUCAGCUGACCGAAGACUCAUUGAUGAAUAGCUCACGGCGAGAUGAUUCUACACAAGAUUUACCAUUGGUCGUUCCCGCUCCAGUAGCCGCCUCGCCUUUGGAAGUCCCCUUUGCUCGUGUCAAUGCCGUGGCCCAAGAAUCUCCCGCCCAAGAUGCCGGACUGCUGGAGGACGAUUUGAUUUUCAAAUUUGCAGAUAUCAAUCUUGAAAAUCACAAUCACUUGAAGGCCAUUUCGGCCUUGGUACCGGACGUGGCAGGAGAGGGAGGAAGCAUCUCGAUAUCCGUCAAGCGACGAAAGCCAGACGCGGCACCGGACGAUUGGGAUACGGUCGUCUUGUCGCUAACACCAAAGCCAUGGAGUGGCAGAGGAUUGAUUGGAUGUCACAUUGUUCCUUACACGAGCUAG